UAAAAAUAGAUUGUGUUAUUAAUUAAAACAGUUAAGAACCUUCUAAAAUCGUCACAAAUACAAAAUUCUAAUAAUAUCAAGAGUACUACAUAUCAGGAAUCAAUAUCAAAGGCUUUUACCAGGAAGUUACAUACAGCCGUCAAUCAUUUUAUUUAAUCUUGUAUUGCAAAAUUGAUUGCAUUGAAUUGGUUGGAUUACCAAUUCACUGGUAAUUAUCAAAUAUCUGCAGGAAGCAAAUUAGAAAAUUGAUUCACGAAAAUCUAAAGUGACUUGUGCGGUUGAUUUAACCUUUGGCUAACAAAAUUAUUUAGUUUGGAUCUGAAGAAUUCAAGUUGAAAUAAAAUUUGGUGAGCGUAAUCUGAAAACAGCAGGUGAGCCCAAUGCUCCUCUAUAUCACUCGUGACUAUUGUUAUCGUUAAUUUAGAGGCACCAGUAGUCGUUUGCAUCCAAAACAUGGCUGCGAAAAUUUUGAAAGUGCGUAAACUAGACAAGCAAGUCGCCGGAGUAAACGAAGAGACUAGUACCGGCUAUAAACCCACAAAAAUUAAUUUCUGCACUGAUUUUGACAAAUACGUUUUGACAAUAAACUUUGUAAAACGUGGUUGGCAUCACGUAAGAGCCGAAAGCAAUUGGCAUUUCUUUUGGUCAAGUAUUAUGACUUGUAGAAAUGUGUUUAGCGUUGACAGUGGUUACCGUAUGAAUGACAAUCAAAUUAUAAACCAUUUUCCUAAUCACUAUGAACUAUCACGAAAGGAUUUACUUAUUAAGAAUAUAAAAAGAUACCGUAAGGACUUAGAACGUGAAGGAAACCCCUUAGCUAAGAAGAUCGGAUGCACUGCAGGUGGUACUCGAUAUAUGUAUUUGGAUUUUAUACCAAUAACUUAUGUCUUACCGUCCGAUUAUAACAUGUUCGUUGAAGAAUUUCGUAAAAAUCCAUACAGUACUUGGAUUAUGAAACCGUGCAGUAAGUCUCAGGGAACUGGAAUAUUUCUCAUAAACAAAUUAACUCAAUUGAAAAAAUGGGCUCGAGAGUCGAAGGGACCUUAUCAUAUAGUCAGUUCUAGAGAUAGCUACGUUAUAUCGAAAUACAUCGAGAAUCCUUUGCUUAUAGGUGGAAAGAAGUUUGAUCUUCGUAUAUAUGUGCUAGUCACAUCUUUCCGUCCAUUAAAAGUGUAUCAAUACAAAUCAGGAUUUUGCCGAUUCUGUACAGCUAAAUACGAUACGAGUGAAACGAAUCUACGCAAUAAAUAUAUGCAUUUGACUAAUGUAAGUGUUCAGCGACGUGGAUGUGAUUAUAACAGUUCGCACGGUGGUAAGUGGUCAUUGAAAAAUUUAAUUCUUUAUCUUGAGGGCACACGUGGGAAAAGAGUGACAGACAAACUUUCCGAUGAUAUUUCGUGGUUGAUUGUGCAUACUAUGCAAUCUGUCGCCGCACUUAUGUCUAACGAUAAGCAUUGUUUCGAGUUAUAUGGUUUUGACAUAAUUAUCGAUAACAACUUGAAGCCAUGGCUUAUAGAAGUUAAUGCGUCACCAUCUCUAACACCAACGACUGCUUCCGACCGUAUACUCAAGCAAAAAUUGAUUGACGAUGUAAUAUCGGUUGUACUCCCUCCAAGUGGCUUACCAGAUGUGCGUUGGAACAAAAUGCCUACUGUUGAUGCUUUAGGUAAUUUUGAACUGUUACUUGAUGAGGAUUUAGCAUUGAGGGAUGCAAUUAUAAUGAAAAACAAUAACAGAUUUAAGAAACAACGUGAAUCUUCAACCAAAUAAUGUGUGUUCUUCAUUUGAUUAAAUUUUUUUUUUUAAAUAUUUCUGAUCAUCUACAUUCAUUAUACGUUUUUUAUGGAUAAUGUCGACAACAUUAUAGAAUUUUAAACAAAUUUAUUAUGUCAUAUAACUGAUUAAAAUAUGCAGAUU